ACUUAGCCGAUGGCCAGGACAUGGUCGUGGUGACCUUGAACUACCGCAUGAACAUCUUCGGCUUCCCCGGGGGGGCGGGCGAGACGCAGAAUCUCGGCCUCCGCGACCAGCGCGAGGCGGUCGAGUGGGUGCGCACGAACAUCGCCCAGUUCGGCGGUGACACCAGUCGCAUCGCUCUCGCCGGCCAGUCCUCGGGCGGCGUGGCCAUCGACUACUGGGCGUACGCCUACAGGGACGACCCCAUCGCCUCGGGUCUGAUCCUGACCUCGGGCAACGCCUUCAGCUUCCCGCUCAACGCGCCCGGCGUGACCGAUAGGAACUGGAACACGGUCGUCUCGGCUCUGGGAUGCAACAACAACAACAACAACACGACAACCAGCGACCGCGCAGCAGCAGCGGCCGUCAUGUCGUGCAUGCGCGCGCAACCGUGGGCCGCCAUCAAAGCGGCCGCGGCAGCCAUCCGGCCUUCGGCCAGCACGUCAGUGCUCCGUUCGGUUCCGGCUUUCUACCCGCAGGUAGACAACGAGCUCGUAUUCCCAGACUACAUGGAGCGCACCGCGGCGGGGCUCUUCGCGCGCAUGCCCAUCCUCGGCGGCAACACGCACAACGAGGCCGGGUACUACCGCAUUCCCGCGUACGGCAACGGCGGCGUCGUGCCCACGGAUGCGCAGGUCGACGCCUUCCACCUCGAGUCGUUCACGUGCCCAUCGGCGUACCAGGCGGCGGGCCGUAAGGUGCACGGCGUCCCUGCGUGGGUGUACCGGUACCUAGGGGAUUGGGACAACACGCGGCUGUAUCCGACGUCGGGCGCGUACCACGGAGUGGACCUGCACAUGGUGUUUGGCGGGUCCGAGGAGGUGAGCGGGCUGCCGGCGACGGCAGAGCAGCGUGAGAUGACCAAGGUGAUGCAGCGGGCAUGGUACGCGUUUGCGGACGACCCGUGGGAUGGAUUGGAGAAGGGCUUGGGCUGGCCGAGGUGGGAGCCGGGGAAGCCGACCUUGAUCGAGCUGGGCAAGGAUAACAAGGCCAAAGUCAACUCUGUUAAGCCGGCCGUUUAUGACGGCUUGUGUAGCAACGUGACCAUGGGCGCGUCAGGCCUGUUCACGGCGACGGGGUGAGAAUGCAGACUCGAAAUUCGCUGGAGUCGACGGUCACAAGAUUUGAUUUCUUAUUUCCACAUCCCAUACACGAGAAUGGUGCCAUGAGGAGGUAAGAAUGACUAGAAGUCUAGUGGAAGAGCGUGGGCAUUGUGUUCUGAACCUUCGAGGGGUGAGGGGGGGGUUAUACUGGCUCGAUGCAGUAAAGCCGGGCUGGAUUUGCCUCCAUUUGUGGGCAUUCAGGUGAGAGACAGCAAGAGCAAGGGAGAAGAAGCGUACCGAUCGGCGUAGAGUGAGAUCUGACCUGCGACCAACGCCUGGUUCUCGAAGAACAGAACUGACCCGGCGGCGCCCUUGAACAUGACCAUCCCUGCAUAUAGUCUGUCAGUAGGC